AUGGCUUACCGAGACAUGGAAGACGCAUAUCAGGACCCUGACUUGAUGUACCAGCAAUCCUCCUACGAUAAUGGAUUUUUCCUUCAACCCAAUAACAACAAUAAUGAUGAUAAUGCCAGUCAACUCGACAUGACAGCAUACCGGGGUGCGUGGCCUGCGCACGGCGGCGGCACGCAGAAUUUCCCAUAUGCCAACUCUUCUUCUUCGACCAGGUCGCCGUUCGUGGACAUCGCGUACCUAGAUUCUUUUGAACCUACGGUGAUGCCACCAGUGUCCUGUAUUGCACCCUCGCAGACGCAGCUGGUCCCCACUCCGCAGCUGCCGACAGGCCCGGCUGAGACCGGAAUGUCCUUUUUUGAGCUUGAACGACAACCACCCCAGCCAGGUAUCACCACGCAUCCUGCCGCCGCCAAGAAGUCUGGGGCGAGGCCUGGUGGUCCGGAGACACGAUUCGCACCUUCGUCCGGUAAUUUGCGCAUCGGCGCCACCGCACGAGGAAAGGGGCCAGGCCUGGCGCCAGGCACCCCUGCGAGCGUCCGGAGCUUCGCUGCAGGGGCAAGGGGAAGGGGACCAAGAUCUGCCCAAGCCGCACACGUGGCGGUGGCCCUCGACCAGGGCCCGUCGACCGAGACAACGAGGUCGGAGAAGAAAAGAGGAGGCCAGUCUGACUCGUCCUCGGACGGCGAAGAUUCUGCGACCAUCAAGGCCAAACAGAAUCACUCGGUCAUCGAGCGCCGGUACCGUGACAAUCUCAACGCAAAAAUCAACCAGCUUCACCGGAUCCUGCAGGCCACGGAAGCUAAUUCCCCCCUGAUGCGAUUCGACACUCAGCCCCCCGACCCCGGUCGAAGGGUCCGCAAGUGCGAGAUCAUGACCAAAGCUCUCCAGUACGUGCACCGCUCCGAGCUCGAGAGUCGUCACAUGCAGGACGAGGUCCGGCGCCUGCGGGACCAAGUGUCAAGCCUCGAGAAGAUGAUCAAAUGCGAAGACUGCACGCUUCUACAGAACAUGAGGAGUAUGCAGUUUAACAAAAGACCUUCCUAA